UUGAAACAACCUGUACAAAAACACUUCUCUAAUCUAAAAAGUAAAUAUUAUACAUGCCAAUACGUACUUGCGCUCGUCGUACGUGGGCAAUACUGCGCAAACAACUAUUGUGGUCAUUUAAUUAUGUAAAUCGGAUUUUGCAACUCGUUCGAUUGAUGAUCACACUCUGCUCUUUGUAUUUGGUCGCAUGUGCAAAAUAUGACGGAAUAUCGGAAACAAUCUCGUGAUUAUGUGCAAGUUGCAUGACAAGAUAUUUUUCAAAUGUCAAUAAACAUAUAAAGGUUGUACCAAAUAUAUACGACUUUCCUUCUCCGCUCGCAACACACAAUUUAUCAACAUGGAAGAACUUAAGGAAAAUGACAAUAGCUCCGAAUUAUCAGCUGUUAUCGGAGCAUUAUUGGACUCCUUGGAUGACAAAAACUAUGAAGUCAGACGAUCUGUAAUUGAGUCACUUGAAAAAAUAAGCAGCAGCGAUCCAAAAUCUGUCAUUCAUGCUGGUAUAUAUUUUUGGGAAAUGCACAAGAAGAUAUCCACAGAACAUAUGGCAUCUCUAUUGAAUAUAAUGUCCAGUACGUGUAAACAAUCUGCUGCGAGUUUAAGUGCAGAUUCAGCAUCAACUCUUGCUGAAUUGGCAGUAAAUGAAUUGACAAGAAAAACUGAGAAUGAGGCACGCAAUUUGUUAGUUGAAAUUUGUAAAAUACAUUGUGCGCAAGCUAUGGGUGGACUUUUAACUAAAUUGGAACCUGGAAUAAUUCCUCAGUCCGCAAUAGUUUGUACAAUAGGAAGGCUAGCUGCAACCAAUCCGCAUGAGAUAUUGACCUUUAUUAAAAUCACCCUGACUAUUGUGCUACCAAUGUUUAGUCAAAUGCGAGAUGAAACUCUUAAACAGUCCAUUUGUUUCAUGAUUGAGAAGUUUUGUGAAGCUAUAAAUGAUUAUAUAAUGAAUACAAAAGAUACAUCUCCGGAAAUAAGCAAGGAAUCAUUUAAGGAAGAAAUAUGCUCUGCCUUUGACCUUCUGGUGCACGUUUGGUUGAAAACGUCACGUAAUUUUAAAUCAACCGAUGCUAUUUUAACAACGUUAGUUCCUAUGAUACCUUUGUUACCUGAGGGAGAACAUAGCGACAGAAUUAUGAAAUUAGUACCUGUAUGUUUAAAUCUUUGUAAGAGACAAAAUGUACGCUUAGCCGCUGUGAGAGUUCUAGCUGUACUUUUAAAUUGCGCUCAGACCAAAAAUGAUAAAGAGACGAUUUAUCCGUUUAUGGAUCUUAUACAUCAAACUUUAUCCGAAGUCGUCAGCAUUCAACCCUUCGAAGCAACUCGAGAUAUCUUGCUUACGCAUUAUGAAGUGUUGCGGUGUACUCGAUCGUUAGUCAUCUUGUAUCCCGAAGAAGGUCUCGAUAGAAUCUUGCAACAGUUAAAAUCACCAGUUGCCAGUCAUCAUGCUCGCGCCUUGGUUGUCCUCAAACAUCUUAUAAACACUCUUCCUGAGGACGACGGGACGUUGCAAAGAAUCGCGCUCAAUCUGCAGGAAUCUCUCGGAGAGAACUGUCCGCUGCAAAUGGUCAGUGCCAUCGUGGCACUCAUGGCACGACCGACGUUUCCCCUUUUACCGUCGCAGAGAGCCAAAUUUGUUCAAUAUAUGGUGUCACAUUGUGACAUGAAGGCGUGUUCCGAGGCUUUGUAUUUACUUUCAACAACAGUCGAUCGUGUCGAAUCUUGGUUGUGGCCGUGUUUGGUACAAGCGUUGCUAGAUCCGACUUGUACUGAAUCCAUUAUAUCUGUAUUGCGCUCGCUAUCUCCGUUAGCGACAAAGAUAUUACAGGAUGAAGAAUCUUCAUCAAAUGAGAGAAAUUUUCCUGGCACAAAGGUCCUAGCUAGAUGUCUGGAAUUAAUGGACGACCCAGACAAACGGAUCGCGAUAUUGACUUUUUUGAUAUCAGCAGCACCAUUGAUUGGACAUCAAGUGAAAUAUUACUGGGACGAGGUGUUGUCGAAACUUUCGCAACAGCUUUUACAGGACGCGCAAAAAAGUCCGAAAAACGAGAUCAAUUCCGCACGAAGAAAUCUAAUCUGGGAGGAGCAGAUAGUGAAAUGGUUGGAAGAAAGUGUAAAACUGGAGGGACAAUCGUGGGGUGCCAAGCUCGCCGACGAACUUGCUUCGAAAACUACUAUACCGAGUACAGCACUGUAUUUGGCGUCUGUGUGCACAAACAACGCUCACAUCAGUUUGCUCGUUGAGCUCGCACGUUCUAAUGGCACAACCAAGGAAUACGCUCGCGCGGUCGGUAUAUGCGCGAAACGGCAUCCGAACAUCAUCUUGAAAUUAAUGGAAGAGUUUUGCGCAACCGAGGACGCCAGGAAAGUGCCCGUGAGACUGUUAGGUCUUGUUAGAGACGCAAAAGCCGCCGCUACCGCUGAAACAGCUAAAGCCGGCUUGUUGCAAUCUUACGGUGAAAUCGCUCAAAGGGGAAAUCCGGAGAAACUGUUUCCGGUGUUCGAAAAGCACAUAUUACCGUGGACUAUCAAGCAGCUAACGGAAUGUAAGGAAUUGUCCACAAAGGAAACAGGAUUAUUCGUUUUGGAGCAAAUAGCCAGUGCUGUCCAUCCCAUUCGAUAUCCAAAAUCCAACGGCUUGUCAAUAAAACCAUCUGCUCUGGCUACUCUGAUAGGAAUUUUGCAAACGCCAUCGGGAUACAGACCGUUGCAACUUUAUCCGGCGAUUUUAAAAGCAGCAAACUCUCUGAUAUGUAUACCACCAGCGCUAACUAGUGAGGAAAGAGAGAUCUUUCUUAGUGCGGUAUUGGACAAAACAAUUGGCGCUAGUUCGGAGAUUGUUCUGCAAUCACAUCCGGAAUUAAUGCACAAAAUCUGGGAACAUCUCGGAAUGGUGUCCAGCGAAAUUAUAUCCAAGUCAUCGGACGCACUGACUGCGCUAGUUGAUAUAUUAGUGCCCUGGAUGCAGUCCAAGUCAAAUAUAGAGAGACAAACUACUCUGUUGGUGCUGCACGCGGUGCUUCAGUCGUACUGCAAUAAUUUGGAGCACACGUAUUCUCCACGUGGCAAGUUUUGUCCCGGAAAAUUAUUAGGAAAAAUCCUGUGCUGGUGUGCGGACAAAGAAGUCAAGCUAAGAAAGUUGGUAGUAGAUUGCUUGCCUCUGUGUAUGGAAAUCAUAUAUCGCUAUCUAGACAUAUCAUUCAAUGCUGGUUUGAAAGAUAAUAUACAGCAGAUAAAAGAAAAAGUUAUGACUGACGACUCGCCGGAUUGUCACGUCGAGAAACUGGCUGAAGUUGUAGCGCAAAAAAUUCCUAGCGCUGAAAUCUUUACUUUCGCUAAAGGAUUAAUAGAAGGCCUAUUGUUUUGCGGAGAAGCGAGCAUGGUAGCAAGCAUAGCUCUCAAGCAACAUUUCGAAAUUAAUGGACCAAAGAUAUCCAGGCCCCACGUUUGUUUAGUCGAUAACAUCAUUACACAAAUGAGGCAAAUGGAAAAUAUAAGCUGUAAACAGGUUUUGGCAGAAGCUGUAGCGUCAUUGACGGCACAUCAAAUGUCUGCGGUGACCGAGAUCCUUCUGUCUCAGCCAUUACCAUUGGAUCCUGGUACUGUGCUGUGCUGGAAGGCAAUUGGCAGACAUAAAUACGCAUCUGAGGUUUUGGAAAAUUUACUGACAAAUCUGGGAACUAAUAAUCUAUUCGCUGAGAUCACUACGUCCUCCGAAAGAAAUAACACUGCUUAUCUUCCGUCUUUGGCAGCCGUAGUGGCCUUAAAACAUCUUCUAGAGGGAGACGUUAAGAAAAUCAGUUUGCUUUACUUGGAGACUUUCCUAAGUGUUCUUCUCAAGUAUUUCACCGGUUGGCUGCAUGUUGACCCGCCCACGUCGUUAAUAAACACGAAGUACGGAUACGUACCAAAUCGGGCGGCGCACAAAAUCAAUCCCCAUGCAGAAGUAUAUUCCGUACUGGUUCAUGUUCUAAAUCUCGUUCAUUCAGAUUAUGCGUCCGACUUGCCGGCAGAGACUGCAUUUUCUUCGGAAACAUAUUCUGAGGAGAACGUGAUUUUAACCGUACAAAUAUUGAUAAAGUGCAUAUCGAACAAAGACCACGUUCUCUCACAUAUGGCGCAAUCUUUACAUGCAUUGGUAAGCAGCACAUUAGCCAUACAACGGGCAGUCGCCGUUGCAUUCUACGCCGAACUGAUUGGAAAAGUGAACUGCGGAGAUAUAUGGAUUGACGCUAUAAUAAACACUUUGUUCGAUGCUAAGACAGAUUCGUCGUCUCUGGUUCGAAAAUACGCUGUUAUCGGAUUCGCUAGAGUAGCCUACGUAGAGAAACAGCUCGACGAUUAUUUUACGAGAUGUAUGGAUGCCUUACUUGACGGAUUGGAAGAGCCUGCCAAUGGAGAAGGUGGCUCUGAAGUAGCGAUAGAGUCUUUACGCGGUCUCUCAAUAUUAUUGUCGGCUCAGUAUAAGAGACCUGUUAGUCCGCGAGUAGUGUUGGCUUUGAGACCAUUCAUCGAGAAAGAAAACUGGGAAAUGAAGCUUGCUGCCAUAAAAGCUUUAGGCGCGAUAGCUACUAAUUGGCAAAAAUCGGUGCCAGUGCCGACCGACGAUUUGAUCGAUCAUCUUCUAGGUUGUUUACCGUCUCUGAUAAUAAGAUUGGAAGACUCGAAUACAUCGGUGGUUAUGGCUGCACAGGAUACUUUAUGCAAAGCUACGCUCUUUUACGCUCGGCGAAGUGAAAAAUUAUCGCAAGUGAUAAUUACGCAUUUGAGACUAGAAGCAAAAUUCAAUUUUAUGAAUUUUUCGAAAGACUUGAUAAACAGCUUGAAAGACGAACUUCCGGAGAAAGCAGAAGAACUUAGGAAUGCUGUUGUUCGGGGCUAUUCGAGAUCAGAAAAUUAUAACACCAGAGCUACAUCCGCGUUGCUCUUAGGAUUAUUUGGUUCCCCGAGGCCUAACGACGUACAAAGACUGUUACAACUUUUACGUGAUACCGAAAGUAUUGUAAGAGUACGAGCCUCACAAGCUCUCGCAUUUUGCUUUACUCUUUAGCGUGAAUUCUUCUCUACAAUUUAUUUCAUUCGAAAACUAUAGGGCAUAAUUUUUAGAUUCUUGUACACAAUUCUAUUUUUGUCUUUUUGUAAUAUUGAUUGUUAUAUAAAGUGUAAACAUACCUCUCUAUUUCUGUUUUCUCAUGCCGAUCUUGUUACAUACUUAAUUAAUCAUGUAAAUUGAAUAUUUUGUAAAAAUAAUAGUGUAAAAAUAUUGGCUAACUAAUAUUUACAUUUUUUUUUCUCUUCUCUUUUAAUAACAUUCCAUAUGUAUAAUGUGUACAGUGAUAUAUCAUGUAUAUAAUAAAGACAAUUUAGAUAAAUAAAAGUUCAGCUCAUUUUCAUUAAUAAAUCUCAUUAUUAUCCUCUUUCUCUGACAUUCCUUUAUCUACAUAGAAUUUUGUCUACGUAGAAUUAUAAAAAUGUGUAAAUAAUUAAAUCAUCUCUGUUAGAUCUCUUCUCAAUGAAAUAUGUGAUAUAGGAGAAAGUUCUUUGUUUUAACAAGUAAAUUUUUUUCAUAUAAUAUAUAACUGUUUUUUAAAAACGUUUCUUAUCGCAAUAAGUAUCAUACACUGCCACAAUACAUUGUCAUCGAAUGCAAAUUGUCUCGCAUAACUUAAUCGUGGCGAAGUAUCACGAGCUGCAAUCGUGUAUUGCGGUUGCGGUAAAUUUGCUGAUUUUAUCUUCGUGAUAAAACUCGUACUAUGCAAAUUUCCUCAACAAUAUGCCGGUAUAUUUAUAAAUCUACUAAGAAACAAAUGUAUAAAAGACACUUUGGAACGUAUUUGAUUUGCGUAUAAUCGAAAAAAAACACGAUUUAAAAUAA